GAAGAAGAAGAGUCGGCGGAAGCUACGUAGGGAACACAUCCGCCAGGUGGACAGCUGACUGAUUUGAGACAUUUCCAACCAAAUAUGAUUAAAGCUAUUUUAAUAUUUAACAACCAUGGGAAACCACGACUCAUCAGGUUUUAUGAAUAUUUUGCUGAAGAUGUGCAGCAGCAGAUCAUUCGAGAGACUUUCCAUCUGGUGUCGAAGAGGGACGACAACGUCUGUAACUUCUUGGAGGGGGGAAGUUUGAUCGGUGGCUCGGACUACAAGCUGAUCUACCGGCACUACGCAACACUGUACUUUGUGUUCUGUGUGGACUCCUCUGAGAGUGAGCUCGGCAUUCUGGAUCUAAUACAGGUGUUCGUGGAAACUCUGGACAAAUGCUUUGAGAACGUCUGCGAGCUGGACCUGAUUUUCCACAUGGACAAGGUCCACUUCAUCCUUCAGGAGGUCGUGAUGGGGGGCAUGGUGCUGGAGACCAACAUGAAUGAGAUCGUGGGCCAGGUAGAGCUGCAGAACCGCAUGGAGAAAUCAGAGGGGGGCUUCUCGGCGGCUCCGGCGCGGGCCGUUUCUGCGGUCAAGAACAUGAACCUCCCAGAAAUGCCUCGCAACAUAAAUAUCGGAGACAUCAAUAUCAAAGUGCCCAGCCUCUCUCCCUUCUGACCAGGGAGCGGAGCGGGGGGCUAGGCCCAAACCGCACCCUAUUCCCUUUAUAGUGCACUACUUUAGACUAGAGCCAUAUAGAACCCUAUUCCCUAUAUAGUGCACUACUUUAGACCAGAGCCCUAUGGAACCCUAUUCCCUAUAUAGUGCACUACUUUAGACCAGAGCCCUAUGGCAUCCUAUUCCCUAUAUAGUGCACUACUUUAGACCAGAGCCCUAUGGCAUCCUAUUCCCUAUAUAGUGCACUACUUUAGACCAGAGCCCAAACGGCACCCUAUUCCCUUUAUAGUGCACUACUUUAGACCAGAGCCCUAUGGUACCCUAUUCCCUAUAUAGUGCACUACUUUAGACCAGAGCCCUAUGGCACCCUAUUCCCUAUAUAGUGCACUACUUUAGACCAGAACCCUAUGGAACCCUAUUCCCUAGAUAGUGCACUACUUUAGACCAGAGCCCUAUAGAACCCUAUCCCCUAUAUAGUGCACUACUUUUAACCAGAGCCCUAUGGGGGCUUCUGCCCUUCUGGUCUAAAGUAGUGCACUACACUAUAUAUCAGUGCACUAUAAGAUGUGAGACACACUAUAUGACCUAUACAGUAUGUCUUCCUAGGGGUCCUGGUCCAAAAUAGUGCACUAGAAAGGGAAUAGGGUGUAUAGGUAGUGCACUAUAUAGGGAAUAGGGUGUAUAGGUAGUGCACUAUAUAGGGAAUAGGGUGUAUAGGUAGUGCACUAUAUAGGGAAUAGGGUGUAUAGGUAGUGCACUAUAUAGGGAAUAGAGUGUAUAUGUAUUGCACUAUAUAGGGUGUAUAGGUAGUGCACUAUAUAGGGUGUAUAGGUAGUGUACUAUAUAGGGAAUAGGGUGUAUAGGUAGUGCACUAUAUAGGGUGUAUAGGUAGUGCACUAUAUAGGGUGUAUAGGUAGUGCACUAUAUAGGGUGUAUAGGUAGUGCACUAUAUAGGGUGUAUAGGUAUUGCACUAUAUAGGGUGUAUAGGUAGUGCACUAUAUAGGGUGUAUAGGUAGUGCACUAUAUAGGGAAUAGGGUGUAUAGGUAGUGCACUAUAUAGGGUGUAUAGGUAGUGCACUAUAUAGGGUGUAUAGGUAGUGCAGAGCAGUGAGGGUAGUAGUGCAGUAGUAGUAGUAGUAGUGCAGAGCAGCGAGGGUGGUAGUAGUGGUGGUAGUAGUAGUGUAGUAGUGGUAGUAGUGCAGAGCAGCGAGGGAGGAGGCUGGAUGGAUGUUGGAUAGGUUGGUUGUUACUAUGCUGGGUUAUUGAUGUGUGGACUCUAACCUUCUGUCAGGACAUUAUCCCUCCCUCCUUCUGUCAGGACAUUAUCCCUCCCUCCUUCUGUCAGGACAUUAUCCCUCCCUCCUCCUGUCAGGACAUUAUCCCUCCCUCCUCCUGUCAGGACAUUAUCCCUCCCUCCUCCUGUCAGGACAUUAUCCCUCCCUCCUUCUGUCAGGACAUUAUCCCUCCCUCCUUCUGUCAGGACAUUAUCCCUCCCUCCUCCUGUCAGGACAUUAUCCCUCCCUCCUCCUGUCAGGACAUUAUCCCUCCCUCCUCCUGUCAGGACAUUAUCCCUCCCUCCUCCUGUCAGGACAUUAUCCCUCCCUCCUCCUGUCAGGACAUUAUCCCUCCCUCCUCCUGUCAGGACAUUAUCCCUCCCUCCUCCUGUCAGGACAUUAUCCCUCCCUCCUUCUGUCAGGACAUUAUCCCUCCCUCCUCCUGUCAGGACAUUAUCCCUCCCUCCUUCUGUCAGGACAUUAUCCCUCCCUCCUUCUGUCAGGACAUUAUCCCUCUAACCUUCUGUCAGGACAUUAUCCCUCUAACCUUCUGUCAGGACAUUAUCCCUCUAACCUUCUGUCAGGACAUUAUCCCUCUAACCUUCUGUCAGGACAUUAUCCCUCCCACCUUCUGUCAGGACAUUAUCCCUCUAACCUUCUGUCAGGACAUUAUCCCUCCCUCCUUCUGUCAGGACAUUAUCCCUCUAACCUUCUGUCAGGACAUUAUCCCUCUAACCUUCUGUCAGGACAUUAUCCCUCUCACCUUCUGUCAGGACAUUAUCCCUCUCUCCUUCUGUCAGGACAUUAUCCCUCCCUCCUUCUGUCAGGACAUUAUCCCUCCCUCCUUCUGUCAGGACAUUAUCCCUCCCUCCUUCUGUCAGGACAUUAUCCCUCGAACCUUCUGUCAGGACAUUAUCCCUCGAACCUUCUGUCAGGACAUUAUCCCUCGAACCUUCUGUCAGGACAUUAUCCCUCGAACCUUCUGUCAGGACAUUAUCCCUCCCUCCUUCUGUCAGGACAUUAUCCCUCCCUCCUUCUGUCAGGACAUUAUCCCUCCCUCCUUCUGUCAGGACAUUAUCCCUCCCUCCUUCUGUCAGGACAUUAUCCCUCCCUCCUUCUGUCAGGACAUUAUCCCUCUAACCUUCUGUCAGGACAUUAUCCCUCCCUCCUUCUGUCGGGACAUUAUCCCUCCCUCCUUCUGUCGGGACAUUAUCCCUCCCUCCUUCUGUCGGGACAUUAUCCCUCCCUCCUUCUGUCGGGACAUUAUCCCUCCCUCCUUCUGUCGGGACAUUAUCCCUCCCUCCUUCUGUCGGGACAUUAUCCCUCCCUCCUUCUGUCGGGACAUUAUCCCUCCCUCCCUCUGUCGGGACAUUAUCCCUCCCUCCUUCUGUCGGGACAUUAUCCCUCCCUCCUUCUGUCGGGACAUUAUCCCUCCCUCCUUCUGUCGGGACAUUAUCCCUCCCUCCUCCUGUCGGGACAUGAUCCCUCCCUCCGUCUGGAGGGAACACACGGGCUGCGUCCUAAAUGACGCCCUAUGGGCCCUGGUCAAAGGUAGUGCACUAUGUAUAGAAUUGGUUUGGUCUUUACAUUCUCGUUCAAGUGUGCAUUUUUCCAUUUGAAACAUAUGUUACAAAUAUGGUGUGUGUGUGUGUGUGUGAUCAUUGUUUUCAUGGGUCCAAAGUGUGUCCACUGAACUUGGUCAAGUUCUGGACUUUUGGCGGGUCAAAUACAUGUAGUGUGGUCUUGCUUUGAGUUUGGACUGCUUAUUUGUAAUCAGAAUUGAUUGGUUUGGCAUGAUAUCCAGUCAUAGAUUGGCAUGAUAUCCAGUCAUAGAUUGGCAUGGUAUCCAGUCAUAGGUAAUAGGUGGUUUCUGGUGAAUACCAAGAGCUGCCAUCAGGAAGGGCAACAAUACAGUUCGUCGGGGUCGGCAGGACUCGGAGGAGAAGCGGGCCUAAAUAUUGAAUGAACCCGAUUCUGUUGUCCGUCUGCGACCUUCUCAAGCUUUUUCCAAGACCGCUUCUAUCCAGAACAUUCUGAUGGUGAAAAUAUAUCCAUGUUAUAAAGUGUACCUACUACAUUCCCUUAGAACAAUAAAACGGUAGAGAAAACUUG